AUGUCGUGGAGUGGGGAUGACGAGAUGGGGGAGAAAUUCCUGUUUCUGUCAUUCAACCGUGCCGUGAUGUGUGUGCCGAUGCCAAUGCUGAUGCUCAUGUCCGUAUCCAUGUCCAUGUCCAUGUCCAUGCCGAUAGCCCAUGCCAGCCCCAGAUACCAAUCUGUACCCACCCAAGAGAUCCUACGUCAUAAGCCCAUCCUCAUCAUUAUCCUCCUCAAUGUCGUGUCAUAUCUCGUGUCGAAACUCAUCAUCAUAAAGCUGAUAGAUCAUGCCAGCUGGUCUGUUUAA